AUACUGUACAAUGUACAUUGUACAGUACCACCAACAUGCCCAACAUUGGAACCGUGCCACCCAGCUAUGGGAACAUGCCGUCAAGCAGUGGACCAUACCACCCAGCAUUGGGAAUACGCAACCAAGCUAUGGAUAUUGCCAGUGUUCAGGAAUGGAAACAAAGUACAUGUACAGUACUCAAAGGGGUACCUGAUUCCUCUGUGAAAGAGAAUACAACACCCAACAAAGGAAAUGGAGGAAGUAUGCACCCAUUUGACCUACAUGUACAACUACAAGGUGCCUCAUGUACAUGUACCUAGGAAACAAAAUCUCUGGCGCUGGCAUUACAGGCAGUGUUCAGUAGUUGAAACAAAAGUGCCCUUGGAUGUGGUAUGCUGCUAAGAGAAUAGUUCACAGCCACCGACAGUUUAGGGAAUGUGGUUCACAGCAGUGACUGCAGAAUGUCCAGCAAUGGAAAUCACAUGCCCAGCAAAAGGGGAUGGGGGCACCCAGUUAAUGGAAUGCAGCACCCAACCAGGAGAGCCCAUACAGUGCCCACAGAUGGGAACAGAAUGUCUUACAUUGGAACCAGAGUGGCCCAAAGUGGGAGAUGUUGGGGGCAUGACACCCAGCAAAGGGAACAAAGCACCCAGUGCGGGGAAGCAGCACCAAACAAGUUGGAACACACUUCCCAGCAGUGGAAGCAAAAUGCCAAGCUUUGGAAGCAGAGUGCCCAGCAAAAGGAACAGUGUGCCAAGUAAAAGAGAAAAAAACGCCCAACCUGGGCAUACGGUGUCCACAGUUCCCUCUGUGGAUACUGAGAAAGUGUGGUGUGAUGACAAAUCUUUGUCAGUUGCCAAGGAAUAAAAAAGAUGGUGUUUACCAGCGCCGCAGGUGUCUUGGAAGAGGGAAAUGUUGUACACGUUGUACAUACAUUGUACAUUGUACAUGCACGUGUGUAUGUAUCUUCAUACAUGUACAUGUAAGUGGACUGUCCAUGACGGCUCAUGUUGCGGUCACGCAAUCAUUAGUCAACUGAAAAGAUCUUAUUCCAGCAGCACCAGUUCACGAUCCAGGUCCAGAUCAAGAUCCCCUCUCAGGGGCAACCCCAAGUAUCGGUCACAUGACAAGAAGACUUCCAGAGGGCGCUCCCACUCCCGAACCCCACCCCGAAAGGACCGAGUGUUUGGCGGUGGCUACAAGGGUUCCUCCUCCAAACAGCGCGGGAGACGCUCACGCUCAUAUUCUCCGGGAAAGCGCCGCUACGGCAAGGCAAAGUCACGUUCUCGUUCACCGUCGUACCGAAAGGAGAGGUACCGGUCUCCCAAGAGAUCGCCGCAGCGGGGUGGGCGGGAACCAGGCCACCAACAAAGUGAAGGUGGUUACCAAGAAGGUGGGGGCCAGUUACACCCAGACAGUCAGGCCAGAGAUACAGAGGGGCCCCAGCUUCCUCCGGGCCAUAAUGUAUUCAGGGAGGAAUAUGGAAGAGGAGUCCAGGGACAAGACCAGUUACCUCUGACCUCCCGAGAUGUUGUCUAUGAGAGGGGCAACAGCCAGUCAGAAGGCAGUCAAUCUAAGUUUACCCCAACCCACCCUUCCGAAAGGGCCUACUCCAAGGAGAGAUACCGAGAGAACGACAAGACAAAAUACGAAGCUGUGUCCCCAGAUGAUCUGCGCUUCACCCCCAAGUCUUCCCGACGCAGCGAAUCACCCUACCGUGACGAUCGCAAGAUCUCCAAACCCAAACCAGAGUACUAUAAAGUCCAAGAGAAGUACAGCCAGCCUGGCAUAUCUGGCCAGGGGUAUAAGGCGGCCUUGCCCACUGAGUCCCAGAAUGUCAAGAUGGCCCCUCCCCCAAUCAUCAGGCCAAUAUUUGACCCCUACUCAGUUAAGAUCCCUCGCCGCAAGGACGAGGGCCUGAAGGAAAUAUUUGACAGGCCGGAGCUAAAGGCCCGUUUCACUUCGGAGCACUUGUCGUCGGAAGGAGCUCCUGAGACACGACCAGGUGCUGCAGUGGAGAAGAAAGAGCCAGUUGUGUAUCGACAAGAUGUUCACUUCACUGGUACCCUUCCAAGUGGCGUCCUUCCACCCCAGGCACAAGGUAUCAUCGAGAGGCGGGAGCCUCUGCUCUCUGGCUUUGAGCCCAGGCGGGACACCUACCCUGAUCCAAACCUUCAGUAUGCUCCUCGAGGUGGGCCGAUGGGUCUCAGCAGCCAGUACCCAGCUCAGCAGACAACUUUCCAGGUGCAGCCCCAGGAUCAGUUUGGCCCGCCAAAGGAGGUUCCUCCCCUGCAGGACUUCAACCGCCAGUCCAUGUUUGUCCAGAGGGCCGGAUCCCCCGUCAUGGGCCUGCCCCAGAGCCCCGUCUCCUACCAGUACCCGCCGGAUGACUUGCCAGACAUCAAAGGCCCGCAUGACCUGAGGCAUGAUCUGGAGUCACGCCGGAAGCAGAUUGAGCAACAGCAACAGGAGCUUCCGCCGGGUCGGAUGAGGAGCCUAUCAAGAUCGCGGUCCAGAUCACGGUCGCGCAGGAUUAGUCCCUCGCCCAGGCAACGCUCGCGCUCUCGCUCUCGCUCUCACUCACCAGGUCAGCACUACAAGUCCUACCAUCACAGGCGCUCGCACUCCCGCGAACGCUCGCAGGACCAUCGAUCCCGGGACCGCAGACCUGUCCGAGAGCGGCUUGGCAACAUGUCCAAAGGAUCUGGAGACAACUCCUUAUCUGAUGGUGAAGGAGAUAGCAAGUCCUUCAGUUGGACCAGGAAGCGCACAUUCUACCAGCAACAUGACCGCCGAGGAGACCGCUCCAGGUCCCCGGACAGCAGUGACUCGCGUGAGCGAGGCAGCUACAGAGGCACAGCCAACAGGUACCGUGGCUCAAUGCGCGGCACCUACCGUGGCGGCCGCGGUCGGGGUCGCGGCUACGUGGGCAAGAACUACAUCCCCGGCUACAAUCGCGGGAUGAGGGGCAGAUACAUGCCCAGGGGUGGCCGAGGCUCGUUUAACGCCGGGAGGAGGAGCCCCACCUGGACACAUGACCUGUUUGACAAGGAGAAAGAAGAGCCUCAGGAUGCACAGGACAAGAAGGAUAAGAAGAAGCAGAAGAUUGACAAGGGAAAAGAGAAGAAGGUGGUGAAACAGAAAGUCAAGCAAGUCAAGAAGGCCAAGAAAGUUAAGAAGAGCCCCAGCAGGUCGGAGACCGGCCAGAAAAACAAUGAUGUUCCCCAGGCGCUAGAGCCAACAGAAACUGCAUCUUAAGCUGUAAGACAAUAUGGGGUGCCAGACCAUGUACAGACGUUCACGCACAGUAGCCAGGAACAUGGCAACUGGUUCGUUUCAAAUUGCUGUUUACCCAUUGGAGAUGAAGUACAAAUGCUCCACUCAGAUGUUCUGAACUGAAAAGAAAAAUGCAAGACUGCUUGCAAGAUGGUGAUCUGAUGACUCCAACUGAAUGGGAAUCUUGAUGGUGUACCAGUUGGAACCGAUGGAGGUACCAGCCUACCAUUGUACAUACAUGUAGCUCUUCCAUUCCUGCCUUGUCUGAAAAAGUACACAUGUACAAUGUGUUGCAGCACUUGUAGGAAUGACCAAAAGAAGUUGAGGUAUUUUAGAUUUUUUAAGUAAAUGGUAGAUACGUUAAUUUGUUGUUGCUCCAUUAGUAGAUUUGUUUAAUGCACAUGUACAUGUACCAAGGCAUCAUCAACAGUUAACACAUUGCGCGCAGAGUAUUUGUGUGUGGGAAUACUCGACCUUUGCAUUUAACUUUUUGACCAAAGAUUCUGUGCAUGAUUUACAUUGUUGGCUGUGGUAGCUGGCACGGGGUCACCUUAUGGUCACUGUACAGACAGUGGACAGUGGAAAGGAACUGUCUUGAGGCCUUGUGGGUGGUUAAUCACUAGAGCCAAUGAAGAACAUGCACAAUAGUCAAUACUGUAUGGUGACUGCUUUCACAAAGUACACCACAAUACGGUUACAUGUACAUUGGAAUGCCUUUGUGAUAGCCAAGACAUUCUUACAUAUGCAUAAGCUGUGUGUGACUUUGUGAUAACUGUGGCAAUGUCAUGAUUACCCGAGCACACAAGCUUACAUGAAUUCAAACUCACAAAUAAUAAAAUUGGUCGCAUCUUUGUGAGUGAUGAAUAUACCGGUACAUGUUCAUGUGAGAAUGGUGCUGUAGUUGUCGUCAGUAAUAUUGUACAGUUGACUAGCUGAAAGGGACGCGCAUAUCCACACUGUAUGCUGAUGGUGCAAAGUCCCAAAUGGAUACACAUGUCAUUUUGGUAUAAAGCUGAGGUGACUCGAGAAGACUUUGGUAAAUCAGGUGUCAUUUUUCUCAUUUAACCAAGUUAAAAUGAGGUAAAAGCCAGCUGUUUGCAAAUGGGGAAUUGCACAGAACUUCUUGCACUUGAGAAAAUAACUACCUUAGUGUAGUCUCAUAAAUGUUUGGACAGCAUAAAAUUCGAGCCCUCUUAAUUCCUUGAGCCUAGUUUUUUUCUCUUUAGCUUGAUUCAAAGCAGCACCGUGCCAAGUAGGCCUAGAGUUGUCAUUCUAAUUUCCUGCUUUUGUUGUGAAUAAAAUGUCUAUCGUACAGAGUUUAA